AGAAGCUUUCAGAAAAAUAAAAGUAGAUAUAGAUCUAUUACAUAUUUCAGAAUGUAAUUAUCAAGUAGAGCAUAUAAUAGAUUUAUUAUAUUUAAUAGAAGGUUUAAAUAAGGCUUUACAACAUUUAAUUCUCCCAGAAGAAGAUAAGAAUUAUGUAAAAUCCAAGUAUAUCAAAAACAUGUUAAUGAAACCUUAUUUAAUAACUAUAGAUUUAGAAGCCAAAGAAAUUGAAGCAAAUAAAAAAGAUAAAGAAGAAAAUACUAUAAAAGAAAUAGAGCAGAUAGCAGUUUUAUAUAGAUAUACUAUUCAUUGUUCAGAUAAAACAACACAAAAACUAGUAAUUAAUCGAGAAUCAGAAAAUAUAAUAAAAGACUUAAUGAAAAACCUUCAAGAAGAUCUAGAAGUUAUUUUAGAUAAGCUUCGUGAAAUAGCUCUAUCUAGAUAUAAUAAAAUUCAUGUAUUUGAUCCUGAAACCAAAAAAUAUUUGGGUGCUUCACAUAGAAAAUGUCACAGAAAAAAAUUAAUGAUUCAAGAUAAGUUAGAUGAUGAGCAAAAAAAAAAACAUAAAUCUUGUAAGUUUAGAGGACCAGCUCAUAGUGGAUCAAAAGUAACAGAUGAAAAAAUAGUGCCAAUAGCAAAUAAUUCAGAACAAUAUAUUAUUUUCUUGGUUGGUCAACUUCAAUUUAUUGAUAGUUUGAAAUUUUCAUUACCUGGUUUAGCUAAGAUGGCAGAAAACUUACGUGAUGAAAAGAAGGGCCAAACUAAAACAUCAGAACAAUUAGCAAAAUAUGUUCUUAUAUUAGCAGAUGCAUUUGAGGCAUUCCAAAAAGCUUCAUAUGAGGCAUUCAAGUUAGAUUUGGCAAAUUAUCUAACAGCUCCAGGGUUGGCGUGGGAUGCAUCAAUGAAAAGAGGUGGAAUGUCAUUAGCUAGAAGGCAUAUAGCUAGAGCAAAUGUUCCUGGACUAGAAGGAUAUGACAGGAAAAAAGCAAAAAAAUGGUUACUCUACUUAGAUGCCAAUAAUCUAUAUAGUUGGGCAAUGUCCCAAUAUUUACUAACUAGUAGAUUUAAAUGGCUAUCUACUUAUCCACUAGAAGCAACUUAUUUAUUAAACUAUCCUAUGUGUUCAGAACGAAUAAAAGUACCAUAUGAUUGGUAUAGUUCAAAACAAAAAGAAUGGUUAAGGAAGCAACGUUCAGAUACAGAAAAACUUAUACUAACUCUUCAUGAUAAGGACCAUUAUGUUAUUCAUUAUAGAAAUCUACAACAAUGUAUAAAGGAAAGAUAUGUUCUUGAAAAAGUAGAAGAAGAAUGUAGAUUACAAAGACUAAUUUCAGAUCCAGCAUUUGUUAGUCGAAAAAUUUUCUAUAGGGCAAACUUAGUAGCUGUGCAUCGAAGACAAACUAAUGUAAAACUAAAUAAGUUAGAAUAUGUAAGGGCAUGUAUUCUUGAUCUUUCCAAAUACUUUAUGUAUGACUUUUGGUAUAGUCAUCUCAAAAAGAAAUAUGAAGAUCGAGUAAGGCUUUUAUAUACAGAUACAGAUUCUUUAAUCAUAGAAAUUAAAACCGAAAAUAUUUAUCAGGACAUGAUCGAUGAUUGUGAUUUAUAUAAUUUUAAUCGAGCUAUUGGCUAUACAGGAGUUCAUGCAAAAUGCUAUAGUGUUGUGUAUGAAAAUUCAGGAAAAAAUAUGAUAAAAGCAAAAGACCUGAAAAAAUUACUUAUCAAAAGAGUGUUUACUCAUAAAAUAUUCGAGGACUGUGCUUUAGAAGAAAAAGAUGAUCAACCACAAAUCACACAAUUCCUCUGA